UGCAGGCCCUAGGAGAUGACCGUAUUCCAUUUGUAGGACUUGCGCGCGAUGGAAGGCAACGACUCCUAUGUCAUCCUGGGGACAUUGGAAGCUCCCCACAACGUCCGCGUGCUCGCAUUCACCCUGUGCCUGAUCGUCUUCGUUGCCUCACUGCUCGCCAACCUCCUGGUGCUGCUCUCGGUGGUCGUGCGCCCGCAGCUGCACAAGCCCGUGUACGCCUUCAUGUGCAACCUCAUGACGGCCGACAUCAUUGGCUGCACGGUCAGCUUGCCCCAGCAGCUCUACAUCUUCCUGACGGGGGACACGCGCAUCCCGCGCUCCUCCUGCAUCGCGCAGAUGUUUUCCAUCAACCUGUUCAUCGGCAUCGAGUGUUUCGCCCUCGCCUCGAUGUCCGUCGACCGCUACGUGGCCAUCUGCCACCCACUUCGCUACCACGCCAUCGUCACUGGCAAACGGACGUUGAUGGCCAUCGCUGCCAUCUGGGGCUUCGUGGGGGCCGUGCUUGUGCCCCUUACCAUUCUCGUCAGCGCGCUGAAGCUGAGAGACGGCGACAGGCAGAUACAAGGCGUGAUUUGUGAUUACAUGGGGUUCGUCCGGCUGUCGCAGGGCGACACGCAGCUCCAGGCGGUCUACAGCACGGCGAUGGUCGUGGUGCUCUUCGUGGUGCCGCUGUUGCUGAUCGCGUACACGUACGCGAGGGUCAUUGUCGAGUGCGCGAGGACGCGGCGGAGCGAUUUCAAGGCGAAAGCGGCGAACACCUUCCUCACGCACUUCUUCAUGCUCGCCGUUUUCUUCGUCGCGAUCUUCCUGUCUGUCCUCGUGUCACGCUUGGUCAAGGACCUGCAGAGCGCCCAGGCGAGGAACAUGCGCUACGCCGCCGGCUUCACCAUCUUCUUCAUCCCCAUGGCCAACGUCAGCAUCUACGUGUUCAGAACGAAGGAGCUGAGGAGGGAGAUGACGCAUUGCCUCCGUGCGAUUAUUCCGAGCGAUUUCUGCGGAGCGAGGGUCCACAAGGUAUCGGCAAUCGUUUAGAGGGGUUCUGAACACUCCUUCCUGAACGGUCAGUGCGAUGGCACGUAGCACAGAGCAACGUCGUAAGCGGGGUAAAAUGUCGGUCACGUAGAAGCUUCAGUCAAAGUGAUGUUCUGCUCAAAUGAGCAUUGAGCCAGUGCUAACCUCCUGUUUACAGUUCCGAGCCAGUGGUCGAGAAGCCACAUUCCAAUGACGGGGGCAAGUCUAUUCACAGGACAACCGAUUGUGACUUUCCCACAAAGUCGCACUUAUUUUAUUGGCCCCAGUAGGAUGAUGGGUUGAGUCAGCCACCAACCAGGAAUUGAACUCUCAACCGUCCAUUAGCGGGCUUCUCGCCCUACGUUUGUGCCACCUGUAGCGAAAACUAUACUCUUAAAACAACUUUUUUUUUCAUUUUACCAGGUAAGGCCCACUGACCUAUACUGUACAUCUCU